ACUUUGUAUUUUCAUGAACAUCAAUAUACAUUUGACAAUCCAAGGUAACUUAAGGAGGUAGUCUUUGUCUUUUACUUCACAACCAUCACUACAUAUACCAUACCAAACAACUCCACCUUAUAGUACAUUGUCUUCACACAAUUCACUUCACUUCCAUGGCAAAAAACUCAACCAUUCCCAACCAUGAUAACCUUACUUAUUACGAUCGAGCAAAAGAAGUCGAACAAUUCGAUCAAACAAAGGCCGGAGUUAAAGGCCUUACAGACUCCGGUAUAUCCACCAUUCCCAACCACGAACUCACUUACAAUCGAGCCAAAGAAGUCGAAUUGUUCGAUCAAACAAAAGCCGGAGUCAAAGGUCUUACAGACUCCGGUAUAUCCACAAUACCCCGAAUCUUCAUCCACCCGCCUGAAAACCUUUCCAUAAACGGAAACUCUUCCCGUUUGGUUGAGUUUCCGGUAAUAGACUUUAAAAGUGACGCGAUAGUGGAGGAAGUACGCGAGGCUUCUGAAACAUGGGGGUUUUUCCAGGUAGUUAACCAUGGAAUACAGUUGGAAGUUAUGGAGGAGUUGUUGGAAGGGAUUAGAAGGUUCCAUGAACAGCCUGUAACUGAAAAAAGAAGGUUCUAUACUCGUGAGUUUAAUAAUAAGGUGAGGUAUUACUCUAAUGGUGAUCUGUUGGUUUCAAGGGCUGCUAAUUGGAGGGAUUCAGUAAGUUUUGAGUAUCAGGAUGGUGAUUUGAAUUCUGAUGAACUGCCUCUUGUUUGCAGGGAAGCAGUAACAGAGUACAUUCAAAACAUACUAAGACUAAAGAAUAAACUCUCUGAAACAAUGUCAAUGGCUUUAGGACUUGAAAAGGAGUACUUAACCAAGAUUGAAUGCAUGGGAACUGCAAACCUGGUGUGCCAUUACUACCCUGCAUGCCCAGAACCACACCUAACUUUAGGUGCAACGAAGCAUUGCGAUCCGUCUUUCAUGACGAUUCUCCUACAAGAUAACACCGGCGGCCUCGAAGUCUUCCACCGGGAUCAAUGGAUCGAUAUUCAACCUAGGCCGGGAGCUCUGUUGGUCCAUCUCGGCGAUUUAAUGCAGCUGAUCACAAAUGCAAAGUUCAAAAGCGUUGAGCACAGAGUACGUCUAAGGAAAAACUGUCCAAGGGUAUCAGCCGCGUGUUUCUUCUACCCGAGCACCGAGAAGAAAAACGAAAUAUACAGACCGAUAGAGAAGUUUCUAUCAGAAGAUAAUCCACCCUUGUAUAGGGGAACAAGCGUCACCGAAUAUCUAACCUAUUAUAGGGCAAGAGGACUUGAUGGACAGUCAGCCCUUCCCCAUUUUGAGUUGUGAUAAAACUCAUAUCUUUCGGUAGGGGUGAAAAUUCGGGUCAAUGGGUCAGGUUCAGGUUUGGUUUCGGGUCGAUUCCGGGUUGUGUCAAACAAUAUUGUAAAACUUAAUAUUACUACAAAAUAUGAUAAACGGGUCAAAUCGGGUCGAUUUCAGGUCAUUUGGGUUCGGUUUAGGUCGGGUUUGGGUUUCUCUUAGUAACUUCAGAUAGGGUUCGAGUGGGGUUAUAGGGUCGGGCCAGGGAUUGUCAGCCCUAUCUUUCAGGGGUCACAAGAAUGCAAGAAUGCAGAGAGUUCUUUGCUUCUCUUGUAAUCAAAUAAAAGUAGAUUUCUAAUAAAAAGUAGUGCAGAGAUUUCUCA